ACGAAGCUUAAGGAGACCGAGAGAGUGAACCCAUCACCAAAGCAUCCCUCAAUAGUAGCAAGUUGUGGCUUUGUGAGCUACUUUGUUCUUGCAUCUGAGGGGUUAUAAACAAGAAAGAGAGAUGUUUUCAUUGUUUUAUGGACUCUGGAAGUAUAUGUUUAGCAAGACGGAGUUUCAUGUACUCAUUCUUGGAAUUGACAAGGCUGGGAAAACGACUUUGCUGGAGAAGUUGAAAUCAGUUUACUCAAACUCGGAAGGACUCCCUCCUGAUCGAAUUGUUCCAACUGUAGGACUUAAUAUUGGUCGUAUUGAAGUGUCAAAUUCUAAACUCGUGUUCUGGGACUUGGGAGGUCAGCCUGGUCUUCGCUCAAUCUGGGAGAAAUAUUAUGAAGAAGCGCAUGCUGUGGUCUAUGUUAUUGAUGCUACUUGCCCAUCACGUUUUGAGGAUUCAAAAUCUGCAUUGGAAAAAGUUCUUAGGCAUGAGGAUUUGCUAGGAGCUCCUCUGUUGAUCUUAGCCAAUAAGCAGGAUCUUAACGAUGCUGUGUCAUCUGAGGAACUUGCUCGAUAUUUAGAUCUGAAAAAGUUGGAUGAAAGAGUUUACAUGUUUGAAGCUGUUUCAGCAUAUGAUGGGUUGGGGAUUAAAGAAAGCGUUGAGUGGUUGGUGGAGGUAAUGGAGAGAAGUAAGAGAACUGAAACUUUGAGAGCUCGUGCAGGAGGCCCAGCUUCUGCUUAGAAUCACUAUAUGUAGUUGUCUAUCCCUGUUUUUUUGUAAACCAAUCUGUAGAUAAAUUAUUGUCCCCAAGUUCUUUAUAUACUGAAUGAUUCACAGUCAAAAUCAUAUCAUCGCAUACUAUCAGCCAGCCUCUAGUGCUUAUUGAUUUCCCUUUUCAAGUUG